GCUAACCAGAUCAAUGGUUGUUGUACACACCCUGGUUAAUUACAGAAACUCUAAAGACAAACCCCCCUUAAAAAAACCACCAAGAAAAGAAAACGAAGUAUCCGGUUUCAUAAAAGCGCCGUUCAGACGUGUCUACUUCACUCACAGAACCAAAAAAAAAAGAACAGGCAAAUACAAGAGAGGAGAAAGAAUAUGGUAAAUAUGGCCAGGUUGAAGAAACCCCACCUCUUGUUCAAACCCUAGCUUUAUAUCUUUCUUGUUGAUGAAACCCUCGAUGAUUUUUAUUACAGGAGGCAGAGUAAACCAAAGUCACAGUUUCGCGUCGUGCACUGUUCGAUCCCCCCAAGCGUCUCCCAAUUUAGUAUAGAUACGCUUCUUUCAAUUUUGAAGGAGUUAGGCUAUAAAUAAAUUAUGAAGGAGGCCUCUUACCGAAGGUUGCUGAGGGAGCGCGCCGGGCGAUUAUCGCCGCUUUGUUAAUCGAGUGGAUGGAGCAUAAUUCGUCUUAUGGUAAUGGUUACCAUCUGACUAAAAACAGUUAUUCAAACCUUUUUAACUUGGAUUCUCUUAGAAAUUUUCAGUUACCGAAAGACGAGGAUGAUCCUGUCAAUUAUACCAGUAGCAGUCAAGACGAUAGUAGUGAAAGCAAAGAUAUGAUGAUUGAACAUGCAAAUGGCAAUAGGGCUGAGAGGCCAUCAGAUUCACCGCCCGAGAUGACUUUAAAAAGAAAGAGGUACCAGGUUGAAGCAGAGGCUGGCUAUAACUCUUCUGCACGAAGAGAAGCAGAUAGUAAUGAUGAAGAUGAUAUUGAUUAUGAGAAUUACAUAUCAGAACAACACUACAGGAAUAUGCUUGGAGAACAUGUUCAGAGAUACAGGAAAGCAAGAUCAAGAGAAGCAGCGGCGGCUGUUUCACGCUUAGGUAACUCCACGACAAAGCGUAAUACAAAUGGGAAGAGUAGGAAAUCAAGUCAUGAUUCUCAAAUUGUUAUAAAAGAUGAGAAGAUUUCACAUGGAUCAGAAGGUCCUGCUUCAAGGAGUUUGCCUCUAGAUGAUGCCUCUCACAAGGCAAACCGCAACCAUCUUGAUUUUGCUGUGGAACAAACUGCUGGUUUAUCUCCAUCUGGUUUAUUGGAGAUAGCAGAUGGCAUUUGUUAUAUAAUUCCACCAAAUUAUGACAAAUUGGCACUAUCUCUUAAUUUGCCAAAUCUUUCAGAGGUUCGAAUAGAUGAGCGCUUUUUGAAAGGUAGACUAGAUUUAAAAUCUUUAGAUGCUAUGAUGGCUGCUGACAGAAGGCUUAGACAUCAGAAUAGGGGAGAAUUUUUACCUGCUUUUAGACAUCAGAGUCGUGCUGGAAUGGGAGAAGUUUUACCCACAUAUGAAUCUCUUCAGGGAAGGUUGAAAGCAUUAUCAGCCAGCAAUUCAAUUCAAAAGUUCAAUCUAAAAGUGUUUGAUUCUGACCUGAGUGCAUCACCAAUGCAGCAGGAAUCAUUAGGUGUGCAACGGAUGAUCAUGUCUGAAACAGGUCAAUUGCAACCUUGUUACGUCCGAAUCGUGGGCAAGGGGGAAAAUUUUGAGGUUAUUGAGCGUAAGCUACCCAAGAAGCAGCUAAUACAGAAAGAUCCAUCUGUGGUUGAAAGGGAGGAUGCUGAUAAAGUUAGAAAGUACUGGGUGAACAUUGUGAAAAGAGACUUGCCAAAGCACCAUAAAACAUUCAUAUUCUAUCACAAGAAACAAUCUACCGAUGCUAAGAAAGUAGCAGAAUAUUGCCAAAAAGAGGUCAAAGCUAGAUCCACACGAUCUCUGAAAUUGAUGAAGGGUGCAGCCAUGCGUACCAGAAAAUUAUCUCGAGACAUGCUUGUUUUCUAUAAAAGAGUAGACAAAGAGCAGGCUGAAAUCAGGAAAAAGGAAGAGAAAGAAGCAGCAGAGGCUUUGAAGCUUGAAGAAGAACGUAGAGAAGCAAAAAGACAAGCAAAAAAGCUUGAUUUCUUAUUAAAACAAACAGAGCUCUUCAGCCAUUUCAUGCAGCCCAAAGUGUCUACUCAACCUACUGAAUUUUCACAAUUGGAUGCUGAAGCUUCUAUUCCUGAGGCAGGUGAAGCACCAAAUGCAGAUGCUGUAAAUCUAAUAGAGGAAGAAGACAAAGAAGAAGCUGUUAUGCAAGAAGCAGCCUGGACAGCUGCAAAGAAUGCUGUUGAUCAGCAAAAGAAAAAAACAAGUGAUUUUGACAAUGAAUGCAAGAAGUUUCGUGAAGCUAGUCCAGGAGAUGGGUUGACACUGCAGGGUAUGGUUGAAGGCUCUACUGACAUGGAUCUGCUUAACCCUUCAUCAAUGCCUAUCACAUCAUCAGUGCAAGCACCAAAGUUGUUUAAUGGCACUUUGAAAGAAUACCAACUGAAGGGUCUUCAGUGGCUUGUCAAUUGUUACGAACAGGGUUUGAAUGGCAUCCUGGCUGAUGAGAUGGGGUUGGGUAAAACAAUUCAGGCGAUGGCAUUCUUGGCUCAUUUAGCUGAAGAAAAGAACAUAUGGGGGCCAUUUUUGGUUGUUGCGCCUGCCUCUGUGUUGAAUAAUUGGGCUGAUGAAAUGAGCAGGUUCUGUCCCGACUUAAAAACACUUCCAUAUUGGGGUGGGCUUCAAGAGCGAUCCAUCCUUCGGAAAAAUAUACACCCUAAACGGCUUUAUCGAAGAGAAGCAGGUUUCCAUAUAUUAAUUACAAGUUAUCAGCUACUUGUAACUGAUGAGAAGUACUUCAGGCGAGUGAAAUGGCAGUAUAUGGUUCUAGAUGAAGCUCAAGCAAUUAAAAGUUCAAACAGUAUACGCUGGAAAACAUUAUUGAGCUUCAACUGUCGAAAUCGCCUCCUACUUACGGGAACACCAAUACAAAACAACAUGGCAGAACUCUGGGCGCUUCUUCAUUUCAUCAUGCCAACAUUGUUUGAUAGCCACGAACAGUUCAAUGAAUGGUUCUCAAAAGGCAUUGAGAAUCAUGCUGAGCAUGGAGGUACACUGAAUGAACACCAACUUAGUAGAUUGCAUGCUGUCUUGAAACCUUUUAUGUUACGCCGAGUUAAGAAGGACGUGAUUACAGAGAUGACCUGCAAAAAAGAAGUUACCGUGAACUGUAAGUUGAGUUCUCGUCAGGAGGCAUUUUAUCAGGCUAUCAAGAACAAGAUCCCUGUUGCAGAAUUGCUUGAAAGUAAUCGUCUCUCUGACAAAAAAGUUCUUAACCUCAUGAACAUUGUUAUACAGUUAAGGAAGGUAUGCAAUCAUCCAGAGUUAUUUGAAAGGAAUGAAGGACACACAUUUAUGUACUUUGGGCAUAUUCAGAAUUCUCUUUUACCACCCCCUUUUGGUGAAAUGGAAGAAAUACACUAUGCUGGGAGUCGGAAUCCUAUCUCAUACAAGAUACCCAAGCUGGUUUACAGAGAGUGUACCCAAAGCUUGCCCGUAUCCUGCUCAGGAUCGCCUCAGGGUUUUCGGCAAAAAUGGUUGGAUAACCUGUUGAAUAUAUUUUCUACAGAGAAUAUUUAUGCAUCAGUAUUUCCAAGACAUGCGGAAACUGAAUCUACAGUAGUUAGAAGUGGUUCGUUUGGCUUUUCUCGAUUGGUUGACCUGUCUCCAGCAGAGGUUGCAUUUCUAGCCAAAGCCUCAGACAUAGAGCAGUUGCUGUUUUCUGUAAUAAAAUGGGAUCGACAAUUUUUAAAUGAAAUAAUUGAAGGCUUCAUAAAUGAAGAGGAUACAUGCUUAUAUGAUCAGAUGGACAAAGGAAAAGUAAGAGCUGUUACCAGAAUGCUUAUGCUGCCAAUCCGUGCAGAAUCAAGCUUUUUAAGGAGAUGGCUUGCUACUGGCCCUAGAAAUGCCCCCUAUGAGGCAUUGGUUGUCUCACAUCAGGACCGUUUCCUCAGUGAAAUUAGAUGUUUAAAAUCUAUUUACUCUUUCAUUCCACCUAUUCGUGCUCCCCCGGUGGAUUCAGUAUGUGCCGACAGGGCAUUUGCAUAUCAAAAGUCAGAACAACUCUAUCAUCCAUGGAUGAAAAGGCUGUUGUUUGGUUUUGCCCGCACAUCUGAGUUCAAUGGUCCAGCAAGACCACAGAAUCCUCAUCAUUUGAUUCAAGAAAUAGAUUCAGAGUUGCAUAUCCAGCAACCAGUGCUUCAGCUGACCAAUAGAAUAUUUGGAAGCUCUCCUCCUUUGCAAAGCUUUGAUCUUGCAAAAAUGCUUACGGACUCUGGAAAGUUGCAGACAUUAGAUAUUCUGCUGAAGCGCCUUCGUGCUGAAAAUCAUCGCGUGCUUCUAUUUGCACAAAUGACCAAAAUGCUCAAUAUUCUUGAGGACUAUAUGAAUUACAGGAAGUACCGAUAUCUUCGCCUAGAUGGAUCUUCAACUAUAAUGGACCGUCGUGACAUGGUCAGGGACUUCCAAAAUAGGCAAGAUAUAUUUGUCUUUUUGUUGAGCACGAGAGCUGGGGGGCUGGGAAUAAAUCUUACAGCUGCUGAUACUGUCAUAUUUUAUGAAAGUGAUUGGAAUCCAACAUUGGAUUUGCAGGCUAUGGAUAGGGCACACCGGCUUGGACAAACUAAGGAGGUUACUGUGUAUAGGCUGAUAUGUAAAGAGACAGUUGAAGAGAAAAUUUUGCAAAGAGCCAGCCAAAAAAAUACCGUCCAGCAGCUUGUUAUGACUGGACGUCAAGUGCAAAGCGAUAUAUUGGCUCCAGAUGAUGUCGUUUCAUUGUUGCUGGAUGAUGCUCAGUUGGAAAAGAAGAUAAAGGAGCAAGCACCAAUACAGGGAAAGGAUAAGCAGAGGAAAAAAGCCAUUCGUCUUGAUGCAGAAGGUGAUGCUUGUCUUGAAGACAUUACAUUAGCAUCAGAGAAGGAUGGUGAGCUAGAAAAUGGAAAGCCAGGAAGUAAAAAGAGAAAAAGGAAUGCAGAAAGGAAGGCACCUUCAAAAACUCGGAACACACAGAAAUCUGUCAAGUAUGCAGAUGCAUCUGCAGAACUGAAAGAUCCCAGGCAGUUAGUUGAUGGGGAUUCCAAGCAGAAAGGAAGAGCUGGGAAGAGAACCAAGAAGUCUUUAAAUGAUGAUUUGCAUGCAGAAGAUCCUGAAGAACAACCUGUUGAGUUUACAGAAUUCCCUGCAUUUGUUAAUACAGGUGCUAUUGAUGCCAAAGCAGACAUGGAAGAAGACUAUUCUUCUCACAGCUGCUCAUCUUCGAGGUAGACAGCAUGUAUGCCUGGGAUCUUUUCCAAUAGGCGAUGCAAGGGGAGUGGUACUAGAUGAGCAAGGUUCUUUUUGUUGUAGCCAUCAAGAAGUAUCAAUGGCAAGACAAUUGUACAGGGAGACUUGGCAUGAAAGUGGCAUACUGCUGUGAUCCAUAUUUAUUGUGGAUUUUGGGUCCUACGAUACUACUAUAUAGUUGUCAAAGUGUGCCCCAUGCUCAAGCUCCUUUAAUAAACCCCAUCCUUGCAGCCUCAAUAUUCAUAGAAAAUAUUGAUGCAAAAUGUAUGAUCUGGCCUAUGAGAGGUUUAAUAGCCGUCUGAGGCCUUUAAUGUAUUUUACAUUAUAAAUCGGUGAAAUCCUUCCCACCAUUCAUUACAAUGUGUGGGUGUAUAUGUUGAACCCCAAAUAUGAUUCAUUUUGGCAAUCAA